AUGCUCAGAACAGCUGUGUCUUCCGCACUACCCCGGUCGGCGGCCGCGUCGGCUUCCUCUCGCGGCGGACGAGUCCUCACGGCCUCGCAGACCGCAUCUCCAGCGCGGCGAUCUAUUUCUACCGCGCCCAAAGGACCCUACUUCUGCUUCGACAUCGACGGCGUCCUCAAGCAAGGCUCGCACGUCCUGCCGCAAGCCAAGGCCGUCCUUCAGAUCUUGAGCGGCAACAACCCGCUGAAGCGGAGAUACCCCUUCUUGUGUGUCACGAACGGCGGCGGGUCUCUCGAGUCUGAACGGUGCAAGAAGCUCACGAAGGAGCUAGAGGUCGAGAUUGGCGAACACCAAAUCGUCCAAUCUCACACCGUCUUCCGCUCUCUCGUCCCGCAGUACGCCGACAAGCCCGUCCUUGUCGUCGGCGGAAUCGAAGAUCGGUGUCGACGGGUCGCGGAGGCGUACGGGUUCAAGCAUGCGUACAUCCCAGCAGACGUCUUGGCGUGGAAGCCGGCAGUUUGGCCUUACCACAAGUUAACGGAGCACGAAUGGACUUACGUCAAGCAUGCCGACUUCUCCUCCGUCUCCUUCGCCGCCAUUCUCGUCUUCCACGAUUCUCGAGAUUGGGGCCGCGACGUCCAACUCGUCCUCGACCUCGUCCGCGCGAAAGACGGCGUCUUCGGGACUUCGAAGAACCCGAAAGACCCUUCUCAAUGGACGCCUGGGCGCCAAAUUCCCGUACACUUUUCGAAUCCCGAUCUGUUGUGGGGAAACGAGUUCAGCCAGCCGCGGUUUGGGCAAGGGGCUUUGCAGGAGAGUAUGGCCGCGGUGUACAAGUUGACGACUGGGCACGAGUUGCACCGAACAACGGGCGGCAAGCCCACCAACGCAACCUACACCUACGCUGCCCACCUCCUCUCCUCCCAAAUCGCCCACCUAACCUCCGGCACGCCUAUCAACCUUCACCCCACCUCCUCCUCGGCGCCUUCUCUCCCCGGUCGCGUCUACAUGAUAGGCGACAACCCCGCGUCGGACAUUGCCGGCGCCAACGCGUUUGGGUGGGAGAGUAUCUUGGUGAAGACUGGGGUGUUCAGAGGAGAGAAGCGGGAGGACGCGGAACAUGUGCCCACGGUAGUGGCGGAGGACGUGUGGGAGGGAGUCAAGUGGGCACUCGAGAGGGAGGGGGAGGGUGAGGCGGUUAGUCGGAUGCCGGAGGAGCAUGAGACGAUCGCAAAGGACGGGCCGAGGGAGUAG